AUGGCAAUACGGUUCGCAAACGGCCAACCGAAACGGUAUGAAAACGCCGAAUCUUUAGGAAGGGAAAAUGGAUCUGGCCAGCCCGUUGCUAAGAGGUCCUUAACAGAUGCCCCGGAUGUCAUAACGCAUCACAUGAACCCAUUAGGGAUGCUUCACACUAGCGAAAUGGAAACUGGUACGGGUGCGCCAUCAAGUCUGCUCAUGGCUAUUUUUGUUUUCGCUAGAGCCAUUCCGUCUCAGUUGGUCUGGGGUUGUUGCCUUGACAACAGUUGGUCUUAG